AUGAAAUCGGCUUCUCAUGUACUGGAUUAUACAGAGAAGAUAAAACGCGGAGCGGACGCACGGCUAGCGGACAAUAUCACGAAUCUCACCAGCAGCCUCAUUUCUGAAACAGCUAAAGAACUGCGUGAAGCAGUUUUGGUCUCGCUUGGUUUUAAUUCAGACCAAUAUGAAAUGCACCAUGGACAACCGAUUAAUGUGUCUACAGGGGGAGUUCGAAGUCACGAAGAACAUUUUGCCGAAGCAAAAGAGACGCCCGAGUUACCUGCAGGUGGAUCAGGCAUACCGCCAUCAGACGUGACAUGCCCCAGAGACGAUAGGUUAUCAAUAAAGAAUGAGGAACUCGAUGGCGUGUUUGUGGUAAACCAAGAACAUGAUGGCACAGCACAGAGACGAAUGCAGGAGUUGAUCAUACUUCCAAAUGAAACGAAAGAGCACUGGCAAUCAAAGCAACGUCUGGUGACGACCUCGUCAUUUCACGAAGACUCAGUUAAGUUCUUUGAGAUGGAUUGUGCACACUCGAAUGAAGUUGACGAAAUACGGUUUACCUGCUCUAAAGUCGAGAACGAAGUCAAAGGUAACUUUGAUGACUGGCGCACGAAUAACGUAACCCCGCACAGUGCCAGCUUGAAAACAGAGUGUAUGGAAUUUAAUAUGCGCAGGAUCCGAAGAAACUGGGACAGCGAAAGCUACAGAAUGUCCAGGCACUGCGCUUUCUCACAUGAGAAUUCACACGAGUGUCCUCCGUACGACGAUAACCCCCAUGAGAGGUCCAGCGGGCCCGUAUCACGGCAUCCAUAUUCUUCAGAGUGUUCCCUAGGCACAGUGUCGAGGAUAACGAACUUCCAGACUCUGUCCAGACAGACGAAAGGAACCCACCAGCUUCACUUAAUCAGUUCUGGACUCAGGGUGGAGGAUGCUGUGUUACCAGUGAGGGCUCUGUUCCCUGCUCCACGGCUUUGCCAGGUGUGUGGUGACGAGGCCUCGGGCUGUCAUUAUGGAGCGCUCACCUGCGGGAGCUGCAAGGUGUUUUUCAAGAGAGCUGCUGAGGGAAAACAGAAAUACCUCUGUGCCAGUAGGAAUGACUGCACCAUUGACAAACUCAGGAGGAAAAACUGUCCAUCUUGCCGUUUAAAGAGGUGCAUUGCACUGGGGAUGAGCCUCGGAGCCCGUAAGCUGAAGAAGAUUGGGUGUCUGAAACCCUGUGCUCAGGAGUCGCCCACAGCCUCAGGCAAGACCGUGUUUUCCAGCCUGGAGCCGAGCCUCCCAGCUCAGCCCACCCUCCUGGGCACCCUGAAGAGGAUCGAACCUGCUCUGGUUAACGCCGGACAUGACCACGGCCAGCCAGACUCAGCCGCCACCUUACUGUCCAGUCUUAAUGAACUGGGGGAGAGACAACUUGUUAGUGUGGUCAAAUGGGCCAAAGGAGUGCCGGGUUUUCAGAAUCUACAUAUGGAUGACCAGUUAAAGAUUAUCCAGUACUCAUGGAUGCUAGUGAUGGUGUUUGCUUUAGGGUGGAGAUCCUACACUAAUGUUGAUGCCAAAAUGCUCUACUUUGCUCCUGAUCUCAUCUUCAAUGACCACCGAAUGCAGGUCUCCAGCAUGUAUGAACACUGUCUUAGAAUGAGAGAACUCUCCCAAAGGCUGAGCCUGCUUCAGGUCACCCAUGAAGAAUUCCUCUGCAUGAAAGCCCUGCUCCUCUUCAGCAUCGUUCCAGUGGAGGGCCUGAGGAGUCAGAGGCGUUUCGAUGAGCUGCGGACUGCCUACAUCAACGAGCUGCAUAGGCUGAGUCGAUACAUUCACCCCGACAGGCUCCUCCAACUCACACAGCUCCUGGACCACCUGCAGCCGAUUGUGAGGAAGCUUCACCAGUUCACGUACGACCUGUUUGUCCGGGCCCAAACUCUCCCAGUCCGAGUGAAUUUUCCAGAGAUGAUGUCAGAGAUCAUAUCUGUCCAUGUACCAAGAAUCCUCACUGGCAUGGUCAAACCUAUCCUGUUUCAUAAGUGA